AUGAGAGAUUUCCCCUCUUGUUUCAGCGAGAAUGGAGUUCAGGUAGCCGAUUCUUCUUCUUCUUUUGCCUCGUCUUCAACCGUCACUAAAACUGCUCAGAAUCUAGUCACUUGCUUGUACCAAUGUCGAAUCCGUGGCCGUUCCUGCUUGAUCACUGUCUCCUGGACCAAAACCUUGAUGGGUCUAGGACUAGCCCUUGGAAUCGACGAUUCCUCACACCAUUGUCUUUGCAGAGUUGAAAUUAAACCGUGGCUGUUCUCUAAGAAGAAAGGGUCGAGGAGCUUGGAAGCUUACUCAUGUAAAAUAGACGUUUAUUGGGAUCUCUCUUCAGCGAAAUUCGGAUCCGGUAGCCCUGAACCACAACAAGGGUUCUACGUCGCAGCUGUAGUAGACAAGCAAAUGAUUCUCCUUCUGGGGGACAUGACUAAAGAAGCCUUCAAGAAAACCAACGCCAGUGCCAUUCUACCUCUUACUUCUAGUGCUGUUUUUGUAGCCAAGAGGGAACAUCUCUCUGGCAAGAAAGUGUUCAGCACUAAGGCUCAAUUCUGUGACAAUGGUCAGGUCCACGAUCUCGUCCUUGAAUGUGACACGAUUGGGGUCAGCGAUCCGUGCCUCAUGGUUCGAGUGGACCGCAAACGGUGUUGCAGGUGA